AUGAAGCUGCAACCUUCCAUGUGGUUGCAUGUAGUGGUCCUUGGCAGUGUGGAGGCAGUCACCUCCAUGCAGGGCCGGCAUUUGGGACAUUGGACGUGCCCAGCGGACAAACAGAAUUGCCAUUGCAAAUGUCCUGUGCUUGCAUCGACGGCGGCAAGCCUCGCACAGAUUGUUGGAGACACCCCUUUGCCGCCAUUGCCACCUGCUAUGCUUCCACCUUACCCGCCGGCACGCCUGCCGGCAAUGCCGACGUACACAAGCAUGACGGAGGAUGACUUGCCAACAUUGGGGCCACCUCCUCCAACGACACCAUUGCCCACUCUACCCCCAACUCCACCUCCCAUGGCUUAUCCAUUUUCAGCUAAGUCCCAGGCCAACAUGUUGCGCGGCAGCAAUGGUGCCAUAGAUGGGCAGCAAAAUUAUCAUGAAUAUACCUUUGAACCUCGCAGUGGGUCGUAUGGAUUGGAAAGCACCUCAACAUCUUCUUCACCCGUUGCUGGCCAUGACAACAGCAGCCAACAGCAGGAUUCCAUCAAACCGGCGCUGGUUCAGGAAGCAAUCCGCGAGGGAAGUUCAUGCAAGUGCCUUUGA